UGCCGUCCCCUCCCCUGCCGGCCGUCCGUCCCUCCCUCCCUCCCUCCCUCCGGCAGCCCGGGCCCCGCGGGGAGCGGCGCGGCGCGGCGGGGAUGAGCCGCGCCGCCUCGCACCCACCGUAGCGGCGCGGCCGCCUCCGCCAUGAAGCGGAAGAGCUGGGCCGAGGCGCGGCGCCGCGCGGCCCCGGCGCCCCCGGCUCUGAAGAGAACUCGGAGCGCGGCGGCCAGGGCGGCGGCGGCGGCGGCGGCGGCGGCGGGGGGGGGCGAGGCGGAGCAGCGGCAGCCGCCCCCCGCCGCCCCGGAGACCUGCGUGCAGCUCGCCGAUCGCCUUCAUUUUGCAAUUCUCUGCCAAAAACCAAAGAGUGGAGCUGCAAAUACCCAUUAUUUCUGCAUAGAUGAUGAACUUGUAUAUGAGAACUUCUAUGCAGAUUUUGGACCACUCAAUCUGGCAAUGGUCUACAGAUACUGCUGCAAGCUAAAUAAGAAAUUAAAGUCAUUUUCAUUGAUAAGGAAGAAAAUAAUUCAUUAUACUGGCUUUGAUCAGAAAAAACAAGCAAAUGCUGCAUUCCUCAUAGGCUCUUACGCAAUAAUAUACCUGAGAGAAUCCCCAGAAGAUGUGUACAGGCUUUUAUUGGCCGGAAACGUUUCAUAUCUUCCCUUCAGGGAUGCUUCAUUUGGUACUUGCAGUUUUCAUCUAACAUUGCUGGAUUGUUUUCAUGCAAUAAACAAGGCUUUGCGGUAUGGUUUCCUGGAUUUCAAUGUGUUUGAUGUAAAUGAAUAUGAGCAUUAUGAGAGAGCAGAAAAUGGAGAUUUUAACUGGAUAAUACCAAACAAAUUCAUUGCCUUCAGUGGACCUCAUUCAAGAAGUAAAAUUGAAAAUGGCUAUCCCCACCACGCUCCAGAGGCUUAUUUCCCAUACUUCAAGAAACACAAGGUCACCACUAUAAUACGCCUCAACAAAAAACUGUAUGAUGCCAAACGAUUUACAGACGCUGGAUUUGAGCAUUAUGAUCUCUUCUUUGCUGAUGGAAGCACACCUAGUGAUACUAUAGUUAAAACAUUUCUAAAUAUUUGUGAAAGUGCUGAAGGUGUUAUAGCCGUUCAUUGCAAAGCUGGUCUUGGGCGAACUGGCACACUUAUAGCCUGUUAUAUUAUGAAGCAUUACCGGAUGACAGCUGCUGAAACUGUUGCCUGGAUUAGAAUAAAUAGACCUGGUUCGGUGAUUGGACCACAGCAGCACUUCCUGAUGGAGAAACAGGCAGAACUUUGGACAGAGGGAGAUAUUUUCCGUGCAAAGCUGAAGGAAAACCGUAACAUUGCUGUAACAAAAAUCCUGUCAGGAGUAGAUGAUAUUUCAAUUAAUGAUGCAAAAAACAGGAGAGCCAGCCGAAAGGAGAUUGAACUGUACAGUGAUGAAGACGAAACAAACUGUGUAACACAAGGUGAUAAACUUCGUGCUCUGAAAAGUAGAAGGCAGGCAAAAGCUACAACCACAUCUCCACUAACAGUAAUUCUACAGUCCAGUGUUCAGAAAACUAAAACCUCUGAACCUAGCAUUUCUGACUGUACAGACAUUACUAAAAGAACUACCAGGUCUGCUGCAAGAAAAAACAGUUUAAAAAGUCUGAUACCUCAGAGGGAGAGAAGGAAAAGGAAUGCUUUACAGCAAAUGCGCUUAAUGAAAUUAUGCAGCCAAUCCGUCCCAAGGACUAGAACAGUAUUGCGUUAAAUUUCAAAUAAGCAACCAGUGUUGAAGAGAAUAUUCAGGAAUGAAAGGGAUAUCACUAGAAAGGACUUAAUGCAAUUCAAAAAAGAAGAUGUUUUGGCUUCAUUUUGCAGCAAAGAUUAAACAGAAAAUCUUGUCUGAUUUGUAGAAUAAAAUGAACUGUCAACAUGCUUAAUAGACAGCUUCCUAAUGUGCUAAACACUUCCUCAAACAAAACCAACAAAAUCUGACUGUGUAAAUUUAGACUCAGGUGUAAAUACCUAAGCUCUCUAUUAUAAAGAGGGCUUGCUAGUACAAAUGAUGCAUGCGUAUAAAUUGUGAUGGCAAUCACUUAGUUGCUGAGCACCAGAAGUGAAAAGAGGGUGGGAGCUUUUAAAAUAUUAAAUCUGUGUUGUCCAUUCAGAUUGGGCUUGGGCUGAAGUCUCCAAUAGAGAGUGGAACUCAACUGCAAAGUCUUUAUUCUUAUAGUGUGGGUACUCUCCUAUGUUAAUUGGCUGUCCUUUCUUAUUUUGUAUGAAGUUUUUUUAUGAAGCUGUCAUGUUGAGUAUAUAAAGUAAUUAUCAUCCACCAAAGAGUGCUUUAUUUUCAAGGAUUGUGUAUUUUCUCUUUUAAACCUAACUAAAAGCAAUUAACUUGUUUUUAAUAGUAACAGGUUUUCAGUUGUUCACAAACUAAUGGCUGUUUUAACUAGUUGUAAUUGCUUUAAAUCUGGUAUGAUUGUAAAGGGGAGGAAAAAGAGUUUACCAUUUAAAGCAGUGCUAUUAUAUUGAAAUGUCACUAUUUCCUUUCCUAUUUACAAGCGUUUUUGCUGAAACUCUAUACUGUACCUAAAAGGUAAGAAAUUUUCCCCAGGUUUUAUUGGUACAUUUGGUAACAUCAUUGGAUGUCCCUAUUAGCUUCCUUUGAGACACUAGUGAGUGCAACACACAGAAAAGGAAAAAAUAAGAUUGCAGAACCACUGAAAUGGGCAGUGGAACUCAGGGACAGGUAUAGUCCAUCAUGUUAAAACAAACUGUUUCAAAACAAGUGUUUAACAUCUGACUAACGCUUCAAAAACUACAGCUUACCCCUGUUAAAAAGUCUGCGUAGUUUUUAGAGGAAUCUGUUGAGACUUAAAUUUUCUCCCACUACAAGACUAUCUUCAAACACUGGCAGCAUUUUUCCCUACCCUUUUUCACCUUGUGAAAGCUGCAGGCUUCAUCCUCAAUGAUCAAUCCUUGUCUGCCAGCUUUAAGUUUAUACCUGCACAUCCCUCAGACUAGAUCUGUUACCACAUAGCCUUAAGUAGAAUAUACUUAUCUAAUGAUUUGGUGACAGUUGUGUUAGGGAGGAGUAGAAAUGGAGAAAUCUGAAAUGUUUUAGCAAUAGACUACUAUCUUAAGUUUUUAAAGAUAGCUCUAGAUAUAAAUGACUUCUGCAAGGGGGGAGAUUUUCUUUCUAUGAAUGUGAGUGGGCAAAUUCAGUGACUAGUUCCAAUAUAUUAAUUUUUAAAAAAAUUAAGAUUUCUAGUAGCAGGCUGGUGGUUUUUGAAUGCGAAUAGGAGAAACACACACUGGCUUGAAUACAUCUCUUUGAUUAGGCAGAACAUCAUGAGUUGGAAGGUGGACAGGGUGUGGAAUACAUGUGAGGUUACAGGUAGGAUCUUUGAAUUUGGAUUCUCUUCAACUUUGCAAAUACAAAUACAAAGAAAACAAAAGGCUUGUAUGAUGCAAAAAGAACAAAAGAAUCAGUGAGACUUGGAACCAAAAUCCUUCUUGUUUUCCCUUAAUCUUUACAAGAAGCACCUAAAAGAAAGGGACAGAAUUCACCCUGCUAUUGGAUUAAAGCUUCUUGGCUUUUUUUUUCUUUUUUUUCAAAUGAGCCAUUUGCCCCAAAAGCUGAUCUCUCUGUGACCACAAUAGUAGGUAUGUUGUGUAAAAGUAAAUCUAUGUAUUUGUUGUUAAAAAUUCUUAUCUUGGAAAUUGUCAGUGAACUUACUGACAAGUCUUAAUAGGCAGAAGGAAAGGAUAAAACCAGUAAGGUGGGAGGAUGAGAGUCAAAACAAGAAAGAUUUAGUAAUAUUUAGUCUUUGGCUUGCCCUUCCUCUGCUGCUGCUGCUUUGAUAUGUAGAAUUUCUGCUAACUGAGCGCAAGGGAUUUAUAAUACUGUGAUAUUUGCAAAUAUUGGAUGCAGCAGUAACAAAUAUCGUAUUUGGAUCAAAAGAGUUAAAUAAUAGUAAUCUGCAAUAAGUAUGCUUUUCUUGUUCUGAAACUAAUUCUGAGAAUCUGUAUUUUUACCUGCAAAUAAUCAGGUUACUCCACACCCCUUCCACAUACCUAUCCCCAAAAAUGAACAUUGGGAGGAAAAAAAGAAAAACCAACAGCACCUUUUAAGUAACCAGCAGAACCAUUAGCACUUUCAGGUUUAUCAGAAAUAAAUUUGCAUUAAAAAAAUGCAUAAGAAACACUAACUACAAUAGCAACUGUAGCUAAACCAAAACUGCAUGUUUGGCAUGAAUGUGUUUCAGGCUGCCAUUUCUACCAUUGUCUGUCUUACCAGAAACAUAGGAACGUCAACUGGCAUUUUACAUUUGAAUUCUCCAAACAGCCUUAUAUGGAAAACUAAUCCAUUACCUCAUUGUGUCCCAUCUAAUUGCAUUGCUUAAUUUGCACUUUUGAGUUUUAAUACUUUGUCUUGCAUUUUUAUUACACUGCACCAAAGCUGUCUUAAAUACAAUUAUAAGGAGUGGGCAUGGGUGAGGAAGUCCUUGGUUUCUAGGUCUUUCUUGAGUUGUAAAAUACUGUGUGCCAAAGGGAAUGUGUGUGCAGCAGCUGUUUUGGAGGUACUGCAUGGAGUUGCUGAAGAAAGUAAGUUAUUUCUGCUGUCGUCACUUAACACUUUUGGUUAAACUUCUAAUUCUUCCUCCUCUAUUCAAAUUCAUAGGGGGGAGAGAUUCUCCCUUGAUCUUCUACUCAAAUGCUGCAGUAUCUUGGGUCAAAUAGCUGAAUUCCAUCAGCAUCAGUAACUUACACAAAAGUUAAGCCCAGACCUGUCUUUUUGCCCCCGUUAGAUAAUAGAGGAAGUGCUGCUGUUUUAAAAACAAAAAUUAAGAUUUGUAGACUCAUGCAUUAAAUGGGAAAAAAGAGUGGUAUUCACCGGUUUGUUGCACUGCAGUUUUUAUAUUAAUGGUUUGCAGACUGUUUGUCUUGUGUAAACUCAUGUACAGACUAUCAAGUUCUAAAAUUUGACUAAUCAGUACUGUUCAUCCUGAUUAUUUUUAAAUUGUAUAUUUCUAAUCAUAUUUUUUUAACUUGGAUUGAGUGACAGAAUGCGAGUUUAUUUUGCUGAAGGUAUUUUUAAGAUAAAGCUUCAUAUUAUCUUGUAAUAUUAAGUAGUUCAAUAUGCAUUUGUCUCUCAUUUGAAAAUACUGCAUAUUGUAUCUGGUUUUAUACCAAAUAUUGAAUAGUAAGAAUUGUAAACAUGAAUUGUGUAAAAUUAAAGAUAAUAAUCAGCA